CCCACUCUUCACACCUUGUACACAUCAUCGGCUUCUGGCGAUCCUCGCGCCACUGCGUCAGCGCUUUCCGCGUUUCGGCCAGUCAGUCAGGCCGUGUCCUCCGCUGCCGCGCGACUCUUCUCAGCUUGCACGGUUAUCUGGGUCCGCGCGAGUAACACGCGCGACAUGGCCCGCUUCGGCUGCGCUGCUCUCCUGCUGGUAAUCGCCGUCUCAGCGCUAGUCCACACUGGAUAUGCGUUGCAGUGCUGGUCUUGUUCAUCUGAUGCAGACCCAGAUUGUGCUGACCCAUUUUACCCAUCGCAUAAGACACUGACUGAAUGCAAAGCAAAACAUAAAGGGGAAAAACCCACAUGUGAGGCUAUUGUUCUUAAAGUAAACACACUGGAGGUGAUUACAAUGCGUAACUGUGGCUCAGUUCCUAUAAAUGGACCGAUGAAUGUGUCGUGCAAUGUGCAACUGCCUCCUCAUAGCAGCAUUGAACGCUGCCAUGUUUGUACAGAGGAUGGAUGCAACACAGCUCCAGCUAAAAGGAGCACUUACUGGGUAGCAGUAGUGUCUGUCCUCAUUGCAUUUCUAAAUGGUUCAAUAAAGUGUUACUUCUGAAGUGUGCAAUAGCUUUCAUUUGCUCAGGAGCUGUGUAUACCAUUUCUUGUUAAAGUUACUGCAGGAAGACAAAGAUCACUGCAGUGUCAGAAGUACUGUGUUAUUCCAUGUCUGUGUUUAGCUGUCAGACAUCAUGAAUUUGUAAAAUUAAUAAUCAACAGCUUUAAGAACUGAAAAGAACUGGAGGCACCAUAACAAAGAACUACUUUGUGGCAAUUUUGAAACUGGUGGCAGAUUUAUACUCAUUCUAGUUAAUUUUUUUUGCAUUAAUCUCUGUGAAUAUCACUUGCUCUGAUAAAUAAUAAAUACUAAAUUCUGAAGAUAUAAAUAUCUGGCAGCAAUAUCUUAUUCAUAAAGUAGAAAGUUAAUGAUGAGGUCAUCAGGGAUAAAAGUUAGAAAUAUUGAGCUUAUCAAUGAGGAGAGUAGUUAUCUUGACAACAGUGGCUCACAUAAACACUGAAAGUUAGGGCCCCUUACAGUGACGAUUUGCUUUCUGAUGUGGUAAAGGCCAAGUGAAAAGAAUGCUUGUUGUUACCAAACAAUAGAAUUUAGGUUACAGUAAUGUUUUUGUUGGUGCUUCCUAUCAUUUGAUUUCUCAUACAAAGUGAUCCUAGCACAAGCCAUCUAACAUUUUUUGCUCUUGCCACCUAAUCAUCCCUUCUUCCCCUUUCUCAUGCACUUUUCUGCCAUUUGCACCUUGUUUUUGUCAACUAAAUUACCUAUUCUCCAACUCACAUUCCUCUCUUUCCAGAUUUUACCCUCUCUUCUUCCUUUUUUAUGUGUCAUUCACUUUUUAUUUUCCAUACCUCUUGCGAAUAUUUCAAAUUUAUACUCGGAGUAUCCUGGUUACUCAAGAUUCUGUUUGUAGUUCCAUCAUUUCUCUCAUGUGUAAUUCCAUUUUGUUUGUUGAUUUGUAUGAGUCCUCUUGUUGCUUUCAAAUGAAGAUGAAAGUUGUAAUACGUAUCUAAAAUGAUAACUUGUGCUGCCUCAAACAGUUUUGCCUUCCCCUGUUCUCCUAAUUAUGUAUCAGAGUUAGUUCAGUGCUGUUGUUUCUUUUUCUCAAAUAUUUCCAGGCAGCGUAUAUGUUCCUAUCUGCAAUACAAUGUCUCCACUAUAUAGUGAGUAUCAGUCUAUCCUUUUCAUAAUAUUGUCAUUAUUCCAUCCUAGAUUUUUCAGUGUUUAAAAGAAUGAUCCUUUUGUAUGACCAACAUGGAAGAGGGAAUCAGAAAUGAGUGUAUCUGUAUUGUUCUUACUAUUUCUCAAAUUCUUGUAUAAUAACUGUAUAACUGCUGUCUUAUCUACACAAUCCUUGAAUGCGUGUUUUUGCACACAUAGUCAAAAAUCUAAAUAUCCAAGUAGAUAGAAAUUCUUUAAAGGUAUUGAAUUUACAUUGUCUUUUUUGUAUAUUAUGCUAUGUGAAAUAUUAAAUAUCUGUUUGAAAACACAGUUAAUGAUACAAGACUAAAAUUAAAAUAGAUAUUCAGGAAAUGUUUUAUUGCGUGCAACUGUACGUGUUCUUGUGAAGUGUUAUUUUCUACAAUGGCCAAGAAAAUGUACAAU